AUGAAGAAGGCAAACGAUUGGUUUCGUCGUGUGUAUCGUGGUUUCUGCUGUGUCUGUGCAGAAGCAAAAACACAAACACCAACACUGAUUGAAGCAGACGUAUGCAUCUCACUCAUCAAGCAAUGCGGCACCUCCCUCCAUUCCCUCAAAUCUGCCCAUGCCUCCAUACUCAAAUCCUAUCUCCACCACAACCUCCACUUCCUCACCAACCUCAUUGCCCAAUACGCUUCUUUGGGCUCCAUUUCUUAUGCCUACUCCCUCUUCUCUUCUACCCCAUCCACCGAUCUCUUCCUCUGGAAUGUCAUGAUCCGUGGCUUUGUAGAUAAUUCCCAUUACCAUCAUGCCGUUCUUUUGUAUCAGCAAAUGCUAAAGUUGGGCAUUCAACCCGACCAUUUCACCUUCCCUUUUGUUAUCAAGGCCUGCGGCUGUCUUCGGCACUUCGAAUUUGGCGUUCGGGUUCAUCGAGACGUUGUUAAAUUCGGGUACCAGUCUCAUGUUUUUAUUUCCAAUUCUCUCAUUACCAUGUAUGGCAAAUGUGAGCAUUAUAAGCUUGCCCGCCAAGAGUUUGAUGAAAUGCCCGAGAGAAAUGUUGUUUCGUGGAGUGCCAUAAUUGGCGCUUGCUUGCAGAAUGACCAUUGUGAAGAAGGGUUUUCAUUGUUUUGGAAGAUGUUAAGUGAGGGAUUUAGACCCAGCAGGGGUGCUAUUUUGAAUGCGAUGGCCUGUGUUCAUAGCGAUGAGGAAGCUGAUGAUGUUUAUAGAGUAGUUGUAGAUAAUGGACUUGAUUUCGAUCAGUCCGUCCAGAGUGCGGCUGCUGGAAUGUAUGCGCGAUGUGGGAGAAUGGAAGUUGCAAGAAAGUUGUUUGAUGGCAUUAUGAAUAAGGAUUUGGUGACGUGGGCAACAAUGAUCGAGGCUUUUGCCAAGGCUGAUUUGCCGUUUGAAGCUUUAUGCCUUCUAAACCAAAUGAUGUUGCAAGAGAUAUUCCCUGAUGCCAUCACCCUUCUUAGUAUGAUCCGAGCUUGUUCUAUUCUAGCAUCUUUCCAGCUAGCACGUGCAGUUCAUGGAAUCAUAACUUGUAGUUUCUUCUACAAUCAAGCUCUAGUAGUUGAAACUGCCCUGGUUGAUCUUUAUGUGAAAUGUGGAAGCUUAGCUUAUGCUAGAAAAGUUUUUGACCGCAUGCAAGAGAGAAAUAUCAUCACAUGGAGUGCCAUGAUUUCAGGCUAUGGGAUGCAUGGCUGGGGAAGAGAAGCUCUCAAUCUCUUUGAUCAAAUGAAGGCUUCUGUAAAGCCGGAUCACAUAACAUUUGUGUCAAUAUUGUCAGCAUGCAGUCAUUCAGGUUUAGUUGCUGAAGGAUGGGAGUGCUUCAAUUCCAUGGCUAGAGAUUUUGGAGUCACGCCAAGACCCGAACACUAUGCUUGUAUGGUUGAUCUUCUAGGCCGAGCUGGAAAGCUAGACGAAGCUUGUGAUAUUAUUGAGAGGAUGCCAAUGAGCCCUAAUGCAGCUGUCUGGGGGGCACUUCUUGGGGCAUGUAGAAUACAUUUAAAUGUAGACCUUGCUGGAAUAGCAGCAAGAGCAUUAUUUGAUCUGGAUGCUGGAAACCCGGGGAGAUAUGUCAUCUUGUACAACAUUUACGCAUUCGCUGGGAAAAGAAAAGAAGCUGACACAAUUAGAAAUCUAAUGAAGUACAGAGGAGUGAAAAAAAUUGCUGGAUACACAGUUAUAGAGAUUAAAAACAAGCUCUACACAUUCGUAGCUGGGGAUAUUUCACACCCACAAACAGAGCUAAUUUAUUCAGAGUUGGAACGGUUGAUGGACAGGAUUCGUCUAGAAGGGUACUCUCCAGACAUAAACUUUGUAUUGCAUGAUGUGGAGGAAGAGACAAAGGAGAACAUGCUGUUCUUGCAUAGCGAAAAGUUGGCCAUUGUGUUUGGCCUCCUAAAUUUGGGGCCUGAGAGUGUAAUUAGGAUUAGGAAAAAUCUUAGAGUAUGUGGGGAUUGCCAUACUGCAACUAAGUUCAUCUCUAAGGUUACUGGAAGGGAGAUCGUUGUGAGAGAUGCUCAUAGAUUCCACCAUUUCAAGGACGGAGCGUGCUCUUGCGGGGAUUAUUGGUGA